AUGUUUUCCGAACUGGAGCUCGAGUACGAUAAAUUCAACGGCUCGGUCGCCGAUCUCGCCGACCGGGCUGCCGACGAAACAAUGGAUUCCAUGACCUGCGAAACAACCAACGAAACCGAGAUCUCGUCCGAAAGCAUCCUGGUUGUUCCAAAAAAUAGAGACCCGAACGCCUACCCCGUGAGGAUCUCGUCGCACUUCACCGCCAGCAAAAGAGUGCCAACGCCGGAGGAGCACCAGCUGGACGAUCUGGCCAAGUCCAAGGAUGACCUGGCCACCAAGGUGUUCAAGAUCGGCAAGGAAAUCGCUUUCCUCGAGACCAUCAUGCCCAAAAUGGAGAGAAGCGUCGAGCUCGACAAACUGGAGUAUGCCAAGGGCAAGCUCGAGGAGAAGAGAGAAGAGCUGCAAAGACAACAGUACACCCUGAGCAUCAAAAUCAACAGACUCGAAAAAAAGAUCUUUGGCGCACAGGGAAGCAAAGCAGACUACUGGGUCAGAGGAGUCAGCAGCUAG